CGGCGACGCAGGCGGCGCGAGGCUGAGGGCAUACAUCAGAAGAAGCCAAAAGCCAGCUGGAAUAGCCCCUAAAUGCGAUUUUAAUCUUGUUUGCAAUUAUUUUGAAGGGGAGAAACCAUCUGUAUCAGCUGAAUGUUUUCUUGGAAACCUUUCUCUGACAUUGUCAUGUGAACCAACUCAUUAACAAGUAGACUCUUCUGAAGCAACAAUCUGGAAAGAGUGGCUGCUAAGGUCUGAAAAUCCUAAAACAAACUCUUACUUACACUGAAGAUUCCUCUCCCUUUCCACUCCACAUUUGUCAGCUUGCUAUAGUCCAAGGCAAAGACAGCAGUGUUUCUGUGCAUGGAAGAGCAUACCAAGUCUUUUCUGACACCAAGGAUUCUCAGUUAUGAUUGAAGAAUGAAAAAAGAGUGGGCAAUGAAAAAAAUGCCUUUACAUCUCCCUGGAUCUAAUUAAGAUGUUCUGGUUUCAAGGAAAUAGCAUGCAACUUGCUAAAUCCUCCUUUGGACUCUUCUUGAGAAAUCUCUCUGCCUCUAAGACAACUUUGCCUGUGCUGACCUUAUUCACAAAGGAUCCAUGCCCACUCUGUGAUGAAGCCAAGGAAGUACUCAAGCCUUAUAAAAACAGGUUUAUUUUACAGGAGGUGGACAUCACACUUCCAGAAAAUUCUGCUUGGUAUGAAAGGUAUAAAUUUGACAUUCCCGUCUUUCAUUUGAAUGACCAGUUUCUAAUGAAGCAUCGAGUAAACACCUCAAAACUUGAGAAACAACUUCUGAAAUUUGAGCAGCAAGGUGCUACAGACUGACUAAUGCCUUCAUGGUUUUCUACCCUCUCUGUCCAUAAUGCAUCUUCCUAAGGAAAUGACCAUGGCCUCAUACUCCUUUUGUCACUUUUCACAGAGCCCUAAGGCUGUUUUGAACUCAGUGGUGCCACAUAAAUGUUGCCAUUCCUCUUCUGAUUGAUGGAAGUUACCCAUGUGGGAACUGUUUACUUGUGGGCAUUUUGUAAAAUAAGAGGAGUAUAUUGACAGGGAGGGGGAUGAUGGAAGGAGGGAGAAAUCCAUUUGUCUUACUUAUUUUUCCCUUUUGUAUUAAUAUGGAAGCACUUCACAUGAACUGGACAGUGCUGUUUAUAGGAAGAAGGCUUUGCAUUCCUGCUGCUGCCCUGGAGGGCUUAACUUUUUAAUGAAAGAAUAAAUGCUCUUCCACUCAGUAGAUAAAGUGAAAUGUGAAUUGUUAAUAACUGUGCACAGUCAAUAAAGGGAUGUUUUAACGAAUA